AUGAAGCAGCAAGAAAGGUGGCAACGACUUGUCUGGUUCUCGAGGCGCGGGGACGACGUGGAGCCUACCGAGCUGCUCCAAAAGAUUCGCAGCGUGAACAUCCUCAUCGGCGAUACCGCGCAGCUAGACAACGGGGAGUACAAGGACAACAUCUCUGACUGGAAGGGGGUGACUGACAGAUGCAUCUUGAAGAAGCGCAAUCGGGAGCCGGUAACGCAGUUUGUGUUUGGCCACAACGAACAGGAUGACAAGAUCUACCGAAUGCUCAACUCGCUGGAGCGCAACACUUCCAUUCGUGAUGACAGAAACCCCAACCAAAUUCUGCCGCCGAAGGCUACUGCCACCUGA